GAGAGUUAAACCUCCGAAUAUGCUCACAGUGAGGCAGGGCACCCGUGUUUCUAUUUUAGAGUUUUUACGUGUGUUUAGUCUAUUUUUACUGUGUUUCUCUCUGGAAGUGGAAACCUAACGCUGGACCUACUUUUCCUUGGGUUUCCUUGUGGUUAAUCUAGAGGAUGCGAUUUUGCAUCGAAGAUGCAAGGAGUGAUUUUCCAAAAAUGGCGCCCAGGGUUAUGUAUGAUACUUCUGAUGCUCAUAGAUCCCGUACUGGAAAACGACGUGAUUUAAUGCCAUCAAAUCCUGGAGAGGGAAAGUCAGAUGAGGUGGAUUUUCAGGGUGGUAAAGAGGACUUCAGGAAAUUGCUCCGGGAUGUUGAACUCUUGGGUUCUUCACAAAUGAGCUGGAAAGAGAGGAAGGCCAUGGAGAACUGCAGGGUGGUUGCUUUGGGUGGAAAGCCUCCGAAGAACCAAAAGAUACCCAUCAACCAAGCAAAGUUAAUGAAAAAGAAUCAGCUGCACAGAGAACAGAAAAUGUUGCAAGAGGAGAUGAUUUUAGGAAGAUUUACAAAGCCUACGAGGAAAAUUGAAAAGCGUAAAGCAGGGGAUAGAGUGCUAAGGGCUACUGAAGGUUACUUCAAGAAUGGGGUUUUGAAUGUAAAGCAUCUGAUGGAUGGGAAUGGAGCCUCAAAGAAUGGUAAGGACACACACAUGAUUCAGAAAGGGAGGAAAAAGGGGAAGGGGAAGGGGAAGGGGAAGAAGCACAAAGGCAAAAAGAAUAAUUGCUAAUUAAAUGUGGAAAUAUAUGAGAUUGUGAGAUGGUCUUAUUUGUCAUGUAUCAUUUUUAUUUCUAUGCAGAGCGCAUGUUCUUGUAGAAUUGUUUUAAGUUAGGAAUUCAAUUCUAUAAUAUCUCUCUAGGGGAAAAAGAAAAAAGAGAAAAAGAUUCCUAAUAUGAAAAACAGUAAAAUACACAAAA